UACCGUGUACAACCUGUAAGUCAGGAAAAGAAGAAAUAGCUCCAUGCACCAGGACGAAGGACACACAGUGUCAGUGCAAACCUGGCACUUACCAGGGAGAAGAGUCUCCUGAGUUCUGCCAGAAGUGCAGCACUGAAUGUCCUGAUGGCAUGGUCCAGGCCAAGCCCUGCACCCCCUGGAGCAACCUCAAAUGUGUCAAACGAGAAUCAGGCAAUUCACAGCUGGAGACUGGAGUUAUAGUCGGAGUUGUAGCCUUGUUUCUGUGUAUCCUGCUGCUACUGUUAUUCUGUCACAGGAGGUGCAUCCUUCAAGCUUGUGGAGUGGACCCCAAACGUGUGGACAGAGUCUUUUCCUGGUGCUCAUGUCCUCGGAGAGGGCCUGGGGCUCGUGACAAUGCCCACAACGAGAUCGUGAGCAACAGGAACUCGCAGUCCUCCCUGGUCUCUGAGCAGGAGCUGGAACAGCAGGAGCACGCGGAGCUGGCACAUGUCAUCGUACAGUCCCCAGGGGAAGCAAUGCGUCUGCUGGCACCAGCAGAAGCUGAAGAGUCCCAGAAGAGAAGCAAGAAGCUGGUUCCGGCAAACGACACAGACCCUAUUGACAGCCUGAGGCAGCUAUUUGAUUACUUACCAAACAUCGUGCCCUAUAAUUCCUGGAACCGGCUCAUGAGGCUGAUGGGCGUCAAGGACAAUGAUAUUCACGUAGCCAGAGCUCGGGCCUUGGACCCAAAGGAAGCCUUUCAUGAAAUGCUGGUGAUGUGGCUCAACAACACGGGGAAAGCUGCCUCAGUCAACACCCUGCUGGUUGCCUUGGAAACUCUUGAGGAAAGAAAUGCAAAGGAGACAAUUGAGGACUACCUGGUGAAAUCCGGAAUGUUUGUCUGUGAGGAAGAUGGGACAGGUUCUGCUGUGUCCUAAGUGAAAAGAAUGUCUUUAGGAAACCAGAGCUUUCCUAGUUCCUCUUUUCUCCUGGAAAAGGAAGCAUGAUUGGACACUAGCUUGGAAGAAGUUGGUACUGGACCACUACUUGAAGAAACUCUAUCAUCCAAAAGCCUAGAGCUCUUGGAAUGUUCUAGAACUUUUUUUUAAUGCACUUAAAGUACUUUUUAUGAGCUGUUUGUUGUUUUAAACAAGCUCUGGGAAUGUGCAUUCUGUGAAGAUUACAGCUAGACGUUCAUAUGCGUCCUGAGAGCUGUCAUUCUUUUCAGUUCGUGGCACUUUUUCAUCCUAAUAGACUUAUACUUUUUACUUGUAUUUAUUAUAUUGUAAGACCCAUCCAUGUUGGUAGGUAUCGAUUUACUUAUGUCUAACUAUGUGAGAUGCAUGUUUCUAUUUUUAUAUUUUUGUAUGUUUAUCUGAGCAUAAAAAACUUUUUGGAACUGUA